AUGGCUCCUAUACCCUGCGCCCUCUGUAAGACGGAGCGGGCGCUCAUCAAGCGGCCAAAGAACCACAUGAAGCUCUGCAAGAAGUGUUUCAUCCAGGUUUUCGAGGACGAAGUUCAUCACACCAUUACCUCUUCAAAUUUGUUCUACCCCGGAGAGAGAGUAGCUAUCGGUGCAUCGGGUGGCAAAGACUCAACUGUGCUGGCGUCCGUUUUGAAGACAUUGAAUGAACGCCAUAACUACGGCCUGGAUCUGGUAUUGCUGAGCGUGGACGAAGGAAUCAGGGGCUACCGAGAUGACUCCUUGGAAACGGUUAAGCGGAAUGCAGAGCAGUAUGAGAUGCCGCUGAAGAUAGUGGGCUACGGCGAACUCUACGGCUGGACAAUGGACCAGGUCGUCGAGACGAUUGGGAAGAAGGGAAACUGCACAUACUGCGGCGUGUUUCGACGGCAGGCUCUAGAUCGCGGCGCAAAGAUGUUGGAGAUCAGGCAUGUCGUCACAGGCCACAACGCCGACGAUGUCGCAGAGACCGUGCUCAUGAACUUGCUGAGGGGCGACUUGCCUCGGCUUUCGCGGGCGACGCACAUCGUCACCGGUGACUCAAACUCGGACGUCAAGCGGAGCAAGCCGCUCAAGUACUCAUACGAGAAGGAGAUCGUGCUGUAUGCGCAUCACAAGAAGCUCGACUACUUCACCACAGAGUGCAUCUACAGCCCUGAAGCCUUCAGGGGAAGUGCACGGAGUCUGAUCAAGAACCUCGAAAAAGUGCGGCCGAGCGCGAUCCUCGAUAUUGUCCGCAGUGGUGAGGACAUGGCCCGCCUGGUGCCUGGAAAGCAACCAGACAAGUGCGCAUGCAAGGGGAAGCCACCUCCGGUUGCAGUGCCCGCCGAGGACGAAGGUGUCGAGGGGUGUGGCUCUGCCAGUGGAAAUAGUGCAGGGAACGAAAUGGCCGCAAUGGAAGCUCAGUUGAGGAGCAAUGAAACAUCGGCCGGGCUUGAGACCGACGUCACUGCUGCAGUGUCUCUGAAGGCUCGGCCAAACGGGUCCAAACAAUUACCAGUACGGUCCACCAAUCCCCCAAAGAAGCCUGGAGUGUCAGGGCAGGUGCUAGGAAGAUCAGGCGUCCCCUCUCCUCAUCCACCUGGACCUUACCGCAAGGAUGAUUCCAUACGGAAUCAGAGUCUCGAAUGGAACCGGCAUCUUUCUGGCAACCUGGUCUGCACCGAGACAACCCACUCCCGCACCUUCGUUUGCGACGCACAUCUCGCCCUUAGGAGCUGGUCUGUCUUCUCGUACGAACAGCUCACUGCCUCCCUGUUCGUAAGAAGGGUGGAGCAGGCUACGGGCCAGCCGUCGCUGGCAAGAAGAGCUUGGGAAGUGAUCCAGAACAGGACCCCAACGAAGCUCCGCAGCUGGAUGUCAAGCGUUCCCAACAUGGCGGCUAUGGGAGCCACGCAGAGCGCUCACCUCACAGAGGACGAGCUCCAACAAAGCGCGACGAGCACGGACGAGGCUCUCGAGUUCGACCCUGACGACGAUGCCCCGGCCGAGGACGAUCCAGAUGCCGAGGGCGAAGAAUACGAUGAUGCCGAAGGAGAAGACGAAGAUGCAGAAGGCGAAUACGAGGAUUUAGACGUCCUGCCGGAGGAAGCCGAGGAGGACGAUCAAGAAGAUGUAGUAGAAUCCGGGGACGGCAACGCUGGAAGCGAAGUGGAUGCUGAGGGGGAAGACGACGAGAAUUACGACGACGAUGCUGAGGGCGAACCUGAUGACGAAGCGAUCGAACAAGCACACACAGGCAGGGGCAAGGAGAUCCCAGAAGAGGAUGAGGAAGAGGAGAACGAGGACGAAGACGAGGAAGGCGUCGGUGCUGUCAAGCUCAGGCCAGGCGAGACUGACGAUGAGGAAAGCGAAGCCAGCGAGGGUGAAUCGUAUCAUGCCGAAAGCGAGGAGCCAUCUGAGGGAGAAGCCGAAUGGAACGUUGUCGCAGACAACGAAGACGAUGACGAUGAAUCAGAGAAUGCGCCGGCAAACAUGUGUAUGUUUUGCAAGCAAGAUGAGGACAACGACCCGUCUGAGGAGUUUGAAACAUUCCUAACUUGUACCGGCUGCGGUGAAAGUGCUCACCAGCAGUGCGCUCGGGAAAACAAGGCGCUGGAGGGCAAGCAAACCUCCAAGUCGUGGAAAUGUCCCGAAUGUCAUGAGAGUUCCGAAGUUGAACAAGACGACUCUCUUGACGAGUUGAACGGCAUCGUCGACGCCGAUUCGCCUCCUGCCGCAAGGCGAGCCACGGCGCCGAAACUCGCUAGAGACCUCCUUCCAUCACAAAGGGGAGCUGUGAAGCCAGAUUCACAUUCCGUAUUCAAUCAACUUGUCCUUGAUGACGACCCCAUGGAUGGAUCACGCGUGCUUAGAAAGCGCAAAACAUCUUCAGCCGAGGCCGACGAGCACGUAGUUGGCCUGCGCAAACGACGUAAAAAUACCGGUGAUAGUCACAGCAUGGAAGGCGCAGCAAACGGCACAAACGGAGUCGAGGAGGACAGCCGCCCACGCUCUGCACGAUCCCUUCGACUAAAGAUAUCAACCAACGCGCCGGCAACAAUCAUCAAAAAGACUAGAUCAAGCCUUGUGGUGAGAUUUCGCGUUGCACCAACAGAACUCAAAAAGAUCGCUUCCAAAAAGCCCAAGCCAUCAAGGGGCGGGGGAGGUGGACGGCGCACGACAGGAUCCAGGCCAGCCAGAGCUGUUGGCCCUUCGCGCGCGAGGCGGGUGGCCACACCUCCUAUCGCUCCCUUUGCCUCAAACCUCUCGCAACCCUUUUACUCUUUUUUCGACAAAGACAUGGACGACAAGGGUAAACCGUAUGGAGGCAUCCUCACUGAGGCCGAGGCAGAUACUUCGAAGACCGUGCCCACCAACGAAGACCGCCGCCGUUUUGAUGAGGCCAAACAGAAGGCGGAGGAGGACUGGCAAGAGCGCCUUCUGAAGAUGCAGGAGGAGAUCGAGGUGCCCGCCAAGAAGUCAAAGAAGUCGCAAGGCCCUGCGAGUCAAAUUGAGUGCAUCGAGUUUGGCGGUUGGGAAAUCGAUACAUGGUAUGCGGCCCCAUACCCAGAAGAGUACAGCAGGAACCGCGUGCUUUUCAUCUGCGAGUUCUGCCUCAAGUACAUGAACUCAGAUUACGUUGCUUGGCGACACAAAUUGAAGUGCCCAGCGAAGCAUCCUCCGGGGGAUGAGAUCUACAGACAUGGAUCCAUCUCCGUCUUCGAGGUCGAUGGUCGGAAAAACCCAGUCUAUUGCCAGAACCUGUGCCUGUUGGCGAAGCUGUUCCUAGGCUCGAAGACGCUCUACUACGAUGUCGAACCAUUCCUCUUCUAUGUGCUCUGCGAGUACGACGACCUUGGCUACCAUUUUGUUGGCUAUUUUUCGAAGGAGAAGAGAGCGAGCAGCCAGAACAACGUCUCGUGCAUUCUGACACUACCGAUACAUCAGCGAAAAGGAUAUGGCAACCUAUUGAUCGACUUUUCCUACCUCCUUACCCGGGUAGAAGGGAAAACGGGUUCACCUGAGAAGCCGCUGUCGGAUAUGGGCCUUGUGUCAUAUCGAAACUACUGGCGCUUGAUAAUGUGCCGCUAUCUUCUCGAACAUUGUCCAGAGGACAAACACGUGAGGAGAGGCCUCAGCAUCAAGCAGAUCUCCGAUGACACCGGGCUUACGCCAGACGAUGUUAUUUCAGCCUUGGAGGGGUUAAGGUGUCUCGUUCGUGACCCGCAAACUCAGCUCUACGCUUUCAGGGUGGACAUACAGUUCUGUAAGGAGUACGUUGCGAAGUGGGAAUCCAAGAAUUAUGUCCAGCUUGACGCGAGCGUGUUGACCUGGACACCCUAUGUUAUGGGCCGCAGCAACGCUACGAAUUUCGAACUCGCGCCAGCCAUACAUGCCAUCGCCCCUAGAGAGGAGGACGACGAGCAGAAAGCCGAUGAAGCUGUGAUUGCAGAGAUCGUGGAAAAUGGCAAGCCUGUUGCCGUUCAAGUCGAAGCCGAGGCUGAAGCCGAUGUUGAGACUGAAAUCGAUACUGGCACGGAGGUCAACGGCAUUGACCAAAAGGAGGAGGUUGUCGGGAAGACCGAGCCACAGACGGACGCGGAAGCCGCUGACACGGUACUUGAGUCCACAGAGCCCAAUGACAUGGGACUCGACGGAGCGAGUGAUGUGGACAUCAGCAACGUGCCCAUAGCCGACGAAACAGAAACCGGCCCGCAAGUUGGUGAAGGCAGGCUCGACCAAGAGAAGCCAAACAUCGAGGCCGAUGACAACAAGGAGAAUUCAUGGGUCGACGCCUACAACGACAUUCCGCCCACCAGGUUUGUCGUAUACCCUCAUGUCCACGGCGGAAGGCGUACCACGGCGGUCCGUCCAAUUACGACUCCACGGCCGCCAGUGGCUCGGACAGCCAGCGUAUCCCGGCCGAAAGCACGAAGACCAACUGGAGGUCGGCGGUCUGCAGGGCCCAAAGCCAGGAGCAGCAGCAGCGCUCGCAGGAAGCCCGGUGGCACGGGACGAGGGCCAGGACGCUGGCCAAAGGGCACAAAAAAGAGUGAUUAUGGAAAUGCCGAUAGCGGCCCGGGCUUGCCGCCAGGAUGGCUUGAGCAGCGGCGUCUGGAGAUCGCUGCUGGCGAGACGAUGACGACGCAAGAGGCGGAGGAGGCUCUUGGCGUCAGCAUUGAUGGUGUUCAAGGCAAAGAGACGGAGGGCCAAGUCACGGCCAGCCCGCGACGGGUCAACGGUAACGGCAAGGCCUCUGCUAGGAGCAGGAGCAGCAGCAGCAGCAGCAGCAGCGGCAGUAGCAGCAGCAGCAGUAACAGCAGUAGUCGCAAGACUGACGGUGGUGACGAAGGUGACGGCGACAUUACCAUGGUUGACUCUGAGGACAUUGCCGCUUAA